CUGUUUCCAUUCAUCUUCUGAGUCUUCACGCGGUCAAAAUUCACCUACGACAACCGUACCAGUGGCUACCACGUGUACCUAUUCAUAGUCAUAGGUAGGCCCCACCGUUGGUGAUAUUAUCUUGUGCCACCUGAACCCGUAACUACUUAACAUACAGAUUCAUUCAGUUACGAUUCUUCAAAGUAUCGAAACAUUAGAAUUUUUCUUCUUCAAUUCAAUGAUUCAAAGAUCUCAUCAGAAUGAUCGCCGGAGCUUGAAUUUCCCGGCGGUUCAUCCCUGCGAAGCAAUUUCACAGGGGACUCUGCUAAGCUCACUUCUUUCUCUAUCCCAAGCUAUAUGCGAUUUCCACUCCAAGCUCUUCGCAUCACAGAGAAGAAACGCCAGAGAAGCUAUUCGUCAGGUUGGAGUACUCCUCGUCUUUUUUGAGGAGGUUUUGGACCGAGGCUCGAUUCUCUCAGACUCAUCGCUCCUCUGCCUCUCCGAAAUUCACCAUACCUUCCAGAAAAUUCAGUUCCUGUUAGAAGAUUGCUCCCGUGAAGGUUCCAGGCUAUGGAUUCUAACCAAGUGCAAGUUUGUCGCAUCUCAGUUCAGAAUUCUUUUUCAGGCUGUAGCGACGGCUCUGGACGUUCUUCCUCUGGAUUCGAUCGACGUUGGGGGUGAAGUGAAAGAAUUGGUGGAUUUGGUGGCUAAGCAAGCGAGGAGAGCAAAGUUUGAGCUAGCCAAUGACGACGAACGAGUAGCGGACGAAGUGUUUAUGAUAAUGUCUCAGUUCGAAAAAGGAAUUGAACCUGAAUUGAGAUCGAUUAAGCUUGUAUUGGACUAUCUUGAAAUCAGAAACUGGUCUGAUUGUAAUAAGGAGAUUAGAUUCUUGGAAGAAGAAAUUGGAUACGAGUUUCCUGAUUGCAAAGAGAGAGACGUUACGUAUUUGAGCGGUUUGGUUGGAUUGAUGAGUUACAGCAGAGGAGUAAUUUUUGAAGAAUUCAAUCAUCAUCGUCAUCAUCGAAACUCCAACGCCGAAGAGGAUCAAUUAGAUACAAGGAUGAAUUUAGAGGGGCCAAGUUUUUUGAAUCCAGAUGACUUUCGAUGCCCGAUUUCACUAGAGCUAAUGACAGACCCGGUUACUAUCUCAACUGGCCAGACCUAUGAUCGCGUCUCCAUUCAAAAGUGGCUCAAAGCAGGAAAUCUAACCUGUCCAAAAACAGGGGAGAGACUUAAGAACACAGAAUUGGUGCCUAAUUCUGCUUUGAAAAGACUUAUACAACAGUUCUGCGCAGGUAAUGGCAUUGCACUUACUAAAUUGGGAAGGAACAACCGAGACCUGAAGGGCACAACUGUCCCCUCUUGUCGAAUAGCCGUGGAAGCCAUGAAAUUCCUCUCUGAAUUUCUAGUCCGGAGGCUUGUUUUCGGCAAUGAGAGGCAGAAACACAAGGCUGCUUACGAGAUUCGGUUGCUGGCUAACUCUAAAAUCAACAAUAGGUCUUGUUUGAUCGAUGCUGGCGCAAUUCCUCCUCUGUUGAAUCUUUUGUCAUCUUCAACUGAAGCUUGUUCCCAAGAGAAUGUAAUUUCGGGGUUGUUGAAGCUGUCUAAGCACCCCAAUGGCCGUGUAUUGAUCGUUGAGUGUGGGGGUUUACAUGAAAUUCUCGCUGUUCUUAAGCAUGGUUUGAGCUUUGAAGCAAAACAAACAGCUGCGGCAAUAAUAUUUUACAUCUCUACGGUAAAAGAGUACCGAAAACUAAUAGGAGAAAUACCAGAGGCAAUCCCAGCUCUGCUUGAGCUUAUAAAGGGAGGAACAGCUUGUGGCAAGAAGAACGCCAUCGUCGCCAUUUUCGGGCUUAUCUUCUUCCCGAAAAACCAGAAAAAGGUUAUUGAAAAUGGAACAAUUCCAAUACUUAUUGACAUUUUAACUCACUCGGACAAACCUGAUCUAGUAACAGACUCACUGUCAGUUCUAUCAACCUUAGCUGAUAACGUAGAAGGAGCCAAUUCGAUUCUUCAAGCCUCUGCUUUGCCUCUAUUCAAGAACACCCUUCAGUCCUCCUCUUCACGUGCCGCCAAAGAGCACUGCAUUUCGACCUUACUUUCUCUGUGCAACAAUUGCGGAGAUGAAGUUGUUUCGGUCUUAGCUAAGGACCAUUCACUAAUGGACCUACUUUACUACAAUACGGUGGAUGGAACCCCUUUUGCGGGAAAGAAAGCUCGUUCACUCAUCAAAAUUCUUCAUAAAUACCGGGAAACAAGACCAGUCAUGAGUUCGGCAGUUCAACACGAACAAUUUGUUCGAGCAAGUUAAGGUUUGCCUAAAAUUCUUAAAUCUUUCUGUAAAUAUUUGCAGACUAUAUUUCUUUCAGGGUGUGGAUUCUUUUUCCUUUUUCUUUUAGUUUAGGGUAUUUUUUUUUUCUUAUUAUUGGACAUUAGCUCGAGUUUUUUCAAGAGCUAAACAGUAAACAUUGUCGUUCGUUGUGAUCAGUGAUGGUGAUGGUACCACUGGCUGCCACAGUGUGGUGUUUAGAUUCUUUUUAGAUGGUAUGGACUAUGGAGAUUCAAGUUAGGGAUCAAUAAUUUGUACUUUGGAACUUGCUAUUAUAAAAGACCAAAGACUCGAUUUAAUGAUUAAUUCCUUCACUUUAUAGGUUAACUUUGUCGUUUUGCCAAGUACACGUCGUUACAAUACACGGAAAUAUUAUGUCGUUUUCUUGUUUUAUGUUUAUAUAAAGGCUGGACUUUUUCCCUUACCAAA